GCAAGGAUGAGCAAGGAUGAGCCGGUGGAUGCCCAGAUGGUCUGGGCUGGACUGGGGCCAGCGCGCCAGGCAGGGGUCCUUGGUGUGUAUCCAGCGUCCAGCUUCCACCCGUCAGACCGUUGGGAGGCCGAGUCGUCAUCGGUGGCUCGCUGCCAGCUCAGCAUCCCGUUGGUGUUGGGUAUUGAGCACGGCGAGGCGGAGCGUGAGGCAGCAGCCAAACGCCCGGACUAUAUCCAGCUCCCCAGCCAAGGUGACGCCAGGCCAUGGCCGCUAGUGCUACCGUUGCUCGUAUACAAGCAAAACGUGCUCGUGCUCGUGUGCUGGUGA